UCAUACGAUGUAUGACGUGUGUGUGUGAGCGGUGUGCCCAAUAAAAUAGCCGUGCGCCGCAUUUACGUUAUCAUACGCUUUCCCUCUUUAAACGUCCACAAAAAUUAUCAGUCUCGUUCGUAACAUCUAGUAAACGGACGGCCUACAGUUUAUUAACAAAUACUUUUAUCGUCCCAUUCAUAGUCAAGGUGAGAGUUGUAUAGAAACAGCACGCCCGCCCGACUAGUUCAUACUUCACAUAUCGCCUUGAAUAUCAGCGAGGGAAUUUAAAAUGUCCCUUAUGGAAGACUUGAGUUUCGUUCCCGAUCUCCCGAGCGGGCCUCUGGAUAAAUACAGAAAAACUGCCUCCUUCGAUUGGAAACGCCUCAAGUUGGCUCUGGAAGGUGAUAUAGAGCUCCUGAAACUCAAGUACAAAAUAUGGCAGACGCUGGAGAAGGACCCGCUGUUCGCACACAACACGGUGAACCCGACAGUGGAGGAACAGAAACGCAUCACUCAACUGCAGCUCAAGAAAAUAAACGAGUACAAAUUCCACACUAAAGAAAUGGUCAACUCUAGUUAUAGUCGAAGGACACGCACAAUAAUGACGAUAAACGAGGCGGUGCAGUCUCUGAACCCCAGCGUCUCAGUCAAGAUGGCGAUCGGCAUAUAUUUGUUUUCAAAUGCCCUGCUAUCCCUCGGCACUGAGAGGCACCACAAGUUCUACGAAGCUACGUUUGUUAAUCGAGAGACUCUAGCAAGUUUCGCGCUAACGGAGAUCGCGCACGGUUCGGACGCGCGCCUGAUGCGCACGACGGCGACGUACGAUCCGGAACACAAGCAGUUCGUCAUCCACACGCCAGACUUCGAAGCGGCUAAAUGCUGGGUUGGUAAUCUAGGCAGAACAUGUACCCACACGUUACUGUUCGCUCAGCUGAUCACACCAGACGGCACCAACCACGGCCUACAUGGGUUCCUGGUACCCAUCCGCAACCCAGAGACCUUGGAGACAUAUCCUGGUCUCAUUGUGGGAGAUAUGGGUGAAAAGAUUGGUGUUAACGGAAUUGAUAAUGGUUUCAUAAUGUUCAACCAGUACCGGAUACCCCGGGAGAACCUCCUGAACCGCACAGCUGACGUCACGGAGGAGGGUAUCUACGAGUCCUCCUUCUCAGAUCCCUCCAAGAUCUUGGGAGCCGCCCUCGAAAACCUAUCCGCAGGUCGCAUAGGUAUAAUGCAGGAGAGCUGCCACUCGAUAGCGAGCGCGGUCGCCAUCGCGAUCCGGUACGCGGCGACUCGUACGCAGUUCGGAGAGCGAGACAAUGAGAUCUCACUCAUCGAGUACGAGUUACAUCAAUGGCGUCUGUUCGGGUACGUGGCAGCCGCGGUAGUGUUCAGGAUGUACAUAGAGAACUUCAGCCGGGUGUACUUAAACAUCGUCGAGAAGUCCAACGCCGGCCUCAAAGUUGAUAACUUGAGCGAGGCAGUAUCAGAGAUCCACGCGAUGGUAUCGUGCAGCAAGCCCCUGCUGACGUGGACAGUGCUGGCCGCCGCGCAGCAGUGCCGGGAGGCCUGCGGGGGACACGGGUAUCUUAAAUGCGCAAAUCUAGGCGACAUCCGUAGCAACCACGAGGCGACAGUGACAUACGAGGGCGACAACAACGUGCUAUCACAACAGACGGGCAACUGGCUGCUGCGGCAGUUUGACGCGGCGCGCAAUGGCGGCACUGUCGACUCCCCACUCAACACUGUCACCUUCCUCAAGGACUGGGAGCGCUGCCUAGCCGUCAGAUUCCGGUGUAGAACGACAGACGAACUCAAAACUAGAGAGUUUAUAACAUCAACAUACAGAUGGCUUAUAUGUUGGCUUCUGAAGGAGACACAUGAUAAGUACGAGUCAGAACUAGCCAAAGGUCUUUCAAAGUUCGAGGCCCGUGCGAGAUCACAGGUGUACAAGUGGAGAGAGCUAACCAAGUCGUAUGCUGAGUACUUAGCGAUAAUAUUCUUCUUAGAGUCGAUGGACAAAAAGGAAGAUGGCUUGAAGCCAGUGCUGCACAAGCUGUUCUGUCUAUACGGGCUCUGGUCGCUUGACCAGCAUCUAGUUGAAUUGUAUCAGGGAGGAUAUUCACAGGGUGAAUCACUAGCGCGAUUAUUACGCGACGCAAUAUUGGAGCUAUGCACUGAGCUGAAGGGAGAGGUGGUCAGCAUAGUGGACGCGCUCGCUCCCACCGACUUCGUGCUCAACUCCGUGCUCGGGAAGAGUGAUGGAAAGCUGUACCAGAACAUACAGAAGGCGUUCUUCAGCCACCCCGGUGCGUUCGAGCGCGCCCCCUGGUGGCGCGAGGUGGUGACACUGCCGCGCUCCAAGAUAUAAUGCCACUCACUAGUUCAUCUAUAUCUGUAAGCUAUUACCAGUUCAUUUGAGACGAAUCCAGCUUGAGAAUAAACUUUGAAAAUGCAUUAAAACUGUAGUAAGCGUUUUCAAAGAGCUAAAAUGCCUUGAUGUCUGUGUAAUAAAAAGAUUGAAUUAUUUUUGACAGCCGACGAAGGAGCUUACGGCAAUCUUCUUUGUACUGUCUUAUCAUGAUUGGGCAAGUUUAUGAAAGAGAAAAAUUACAUAAUAAUUUUAUGAAGCUAAUUCUUCGAUCUUAUAUUUUCUUUCUGAAUAUUUCUUUCGUGGAUUCGUCUCGUGUAUUAGUAAUAAAUAAUUCGAUGCGGUCGGAAUGUUACUAUGUUGAAAUAACGAUGCAUUUAGCUUGCGUUUAUCGUACAAAAUAUAAUUCAGAUAGUUUCUAAUCGAGUUAGCGUAUGACGGACUUAAUCUAUGGUGCGAGGGACAUUUUUAUGUGAAUCCCUUACACAGUUGUUCAUUUUAAUUAUCAUGUGAAUUAAUAUUUUUAAUUAUUGACGCGCUAUGGGUGUCGAAAUUGUUUAGAACUUGAUAUGUUUUGCAGUGCACAUUGUUCCAUUAUCUUUCAUGAUUUUUGGGUUAUACCCGGAGCGAUUACAGGCUAGAAAAAUGUACUGUGAGUACAUUUAAGCUUAGUAUUUGGGUGGAGAAAGAAUGAAAUAUUGAGAAAACAUUAGAAAAAUGAUUUUGUCCUAUUAAAGUUUACUUUGUGCACUGUGAAAACGUGUUUUUAUUAAUAGAUAACGCUAUAUUUGAAGCAAUGUUACCUUGGUAUAGUAUUAUAUAUUAUUUUUUAAUAUUUUAACACUGCCCAGUGCUUUUAGGAUAGAUAUUGUAAUUAUAUUUCACAAGACACUAUGUUAUUUUUAACAAAACCCAACUUAACUAAAUUAAAGAUGAUUCUCUUGAAUUAUAGGUGUGUUUUACAAAAUAUCUGCUAAUGGUAGAUUUAUUCCGCGCGGGAAUUGAAACUAAGUAAACCUAUUCUGGAUUAUUUUAUUUAAGGUUGGGUUUAUGCUAAAAAUAAUGUCGAUAAACUAUUAUCUUUAUAAAUCUGAGAUCGCAGUCAUUCUAAUAGCGUUUAUACAAUUUAUUUUACGGUAAUAAUUAUAUUUUGAUAGUCGAAUGUUGUUUUUUUAUGAUCAUAGGGUUUUAAUGUUCAUGAUGAUAUAUUUUUUUAUUAUUUUUACUGUCCUUAGUUCAUACGGCUUGGCGGACGGGCUUACUAUAUGAACGGAUACAUUUUAAAUAUCUUUAACUGUGAGAUUCAAUCGAAAUUUUCGAGCAUUUGAGUUUUAGGCGAUAUUUUUUAGGUUAGUCGAUCUUGUAUGUAGUAUAUUUAUAAUCUGUAUUUUAUUUAUUUUUACGUUUCCUAGCCGUAUGGAUUUCACUCUAGUUUCGAUAAGUUUUAUGGAUCACGUGGUUUUAUUAUUAUUAUUAAAAUAAAAUUAUUUGUAUCGAUAACAUAAACUUAUAAUUAUGACCUCGGUAUGAAAUAGAUUAUUAUUUAUAUGUAUGUGUUCGGAUUUAACGCGAUUCUACUGAAUGUACAGUCAGACAUCGUAUUUGGGAUACUGGUAAGAAAAUAAAGAUUGAGUUUAUAUAAAGAAAGGAACCACUGAUUGGCUACUGAGCUGUUUUAUGGCUACAAGAUACAUAACUUUGGUAAAAAGUCAAGUGGUUACUUUGUCAUACAAUCUUAUCUUACUAAUUUUAUAAAUGCUAUUGUUUGUCACUUCACGUGAAUCACGUCAAAUUGGCUGAAGGGAUCGGGAUAAAAUUUGAACAGGGGUAGAUCCAUAUUGCAAAUAUCCCAUAACACAUAGGAUACUUUUUUAUUCCACUGGAACACGGACAAAGCCGCUAGCACAAGCUAUUCCUGCUGUCUCUGUACUUAUUCAAUCUUUAAUUUCUUACCAAUUUAAUUCAACUUUGCUGUCUGUACUUUCAGUUACUGGAAGGUCAAGUUUACAGUACAAAUUAUGAUUUAUUGUGUGUAAAUAAUUUUGGCUGUCACUUUUGUUAUUUUUUAUCUACAUUUUACUUUUUAACGAACAGGCCGGCCGGUUUUUAAACUUGGUGGUGAAUGCGCUUGCGCAUAUUUUAACAUUCUUUUAACUAUAACCAAUGUUGCAGUAUUUAACAUAAUUUAUAAUAGAUUGUUACAUUCUGUAGUUAAUAUGAAAGUCAUUAUUAAAUCUGUAGUUUUAAAUAACAUUUAAAAUAAACUUUCAUACCUCAUGUUUGUGUUAUUAACAUUUCAAAUAAAUGUAAAUAACUAGUAAAAUCUAAAACUGUGUUAUAGUAUCUCAUAAUAAUGGAAUGUUAUAAUGUAACUAACGAGCUGAGUCGAAAAUAAUAAAGAGUGCAAUUUUAAUUGUAAUUUCUUUUAAUGUGUAAUUUUUAAGUUUUAUUUCGGCAUUUUACAAAGCUCGUUAUUAAAAAUCUAUCGUGUUUUAAAAUGAUGUUUUCUGUAAAUAAAUCUAAUCGGCCAAUGAAUAAAUUCUGUAGCAAUUUGAACUAAAUAUUAGACAAACCUUACUUCUAGAAGUGCCUUCCUUCUGUAAUAAUCGUCGUGAUGUUAUGUAGAUUGUGUAAGCUAUUGUUUAUAUGGGACCGUUGAUAUUGUCAGAUGUGGAAUAUAAGUGGAGUAAAUAUUA